AUGCAUCGAUUCGCUCUCUUCCGCAAAGAGCAAGUAGCGGCUGAAAUUUUACUCGGAUGGAUUCCAUUGAAAAUUGCUGCAAGUCAGUCGAGUGGGUUGCACGGAGUUGCGGGCCUCCGCCCUCCAAGCUUGAAGACCGAGGGCAGAAGUGCAGAAACAGAGCGCAGCGGGUUCGGCACGGAGGCGGAGAAUGGAGAGGCUCUCGCAGAAACAACGCUGUCGGGCACAGCAGGCGAGGCGGGCGCGCUUGACGCUGUCGCCAGGCGGUACCGCCUGGAGAAUGGAAACUCGCUCGGGGAAAAGGAUGAGCUUUUCGGGCCCCCGAGUGCACCGGUGCUUGAAAAUCCCGAGUUCCAAACGAGAUGGUACUUCAAAUAUUUUCUCGGAAAAAUGCAUCAGAACUACAUAGGAGUGGACGGGGCGCGGGAACCUUAUCUGCUGAGUGUCGUGCAGGAAGGGGGUGCCGGCCUUUUACGAGCCAUACUCUUCAACAAGAUGGGCGCACACAAAAUUUACUUACCUCCGAGCGCAUGGAGCAGCGGAAGCGGGCAGGCACCAACCAGACCCACAGUGAAACAGAUCCUGGCACAAUUCCCGUCCAUGGAAAGGGUAGAUAAAGUUCCUAGAGAAAUUACGUGUGCCGAGCUUCAAAAGGAUAUCCUAUUACUUGAAGAGCAAGAGGGGUCCGUAAACUUCAAGAUUGGUAUAAUGUUGAUGAAACCCGGGCAGAAGACUGACGACGAAAUGCUUUCUAACGAGAAAGGCGACGAGAAAUGGGACCGAUUUGUUUCACUUUUGGGAGACAAGAUUCGAUUAAGAAGCUGGAACCGCUUUCGAGGCGGCCUCGACGUUAAAGGUGACAUGACUGGCAGCCAUUCAAUCUACACGAUGCACCAAGGGCAUGAGAUUAUGUUCCACGUCUCUACAAUGCUGCCUUUCUCCAAGGAUAAUAAGCAACAGUUGGAAAGGAAACGACAUAUCGGCAAUGAUAUUGUCAACAUCGUAUUCACCGAAGACUCGGUCCACAACACCUUCAACCCGCUGUGUGUCAAGAGUCACUUCACUCACAUAUUCGCAGUGGUCUCGGAGGUGGAAGGUGAAGGUUAUCGAUUAAGCGUGUAUAGCGAUGACACGGUACCACCUUUCGGGCCAUCACUGCCGUGUCCGCCGGUGUUCAACGACCCACAACUUUUUAGGGAAUUUUUAUUAGUAAAACUAAUGAAUGGCGAGAAGGCAGCCUUUCAAACGCCAACUUUCGCUUUGAAAAGACAAAGAACUUUGGACACGCUAAUUAGAGACAUUUAUGCUGAACACUGCUCCGAUCAUAAGGUGCCUAUGCUAUCGCGGCGAGCGCUAUCAGAUGUAUGGUCUGGUGGUGCUGGAGCCAGCGGCGCGGGCGCAGCAAGAACAGAACGGUUCUUACACGUAGGACAAGCGUUAAAAUUAGACGCUGUAUUGAGAGGAGACGCGCCCACGAGUCUCGUAUCUACUGGUCAGAUUACAACCGGGUCAGGAGGUUCACGAAGAGCGCCCUGGGAAGGUCGCGUGUGGAGGUCAGCCCCGUUGCCUGCGACUCCGAUUUGUGCAGAACAGCUGGCUGAAGGCCGGUUGCUGCUCUCCACCACUUCUAAUACUUACAUUCUAGAAGAGAGUGGCACGACAAAAGUGGUUCUACGUUGGGAAGGAUGUGUACGCACAGCUCGGGUGACUGAACGCGCAGGCCUAUUCCGCGUGGGCGCCAGAGUCGUAGGCAGUGGAUCAACGAGUGGCGGCGCGGGAGGUGCGGGUGUAUACGCACUGCCAGUGCAAGAAUUAUGCGCAGGAGCCUGGGCCAUGAGACCACUGCAGGAUUGCAAGCACGCGCGAUUACCGAGGACGAAAACUGCUCAUUACUUCGAUGUAUUAGAACAAGGUGAAGGCGGUAAGACUACUCUAGCAGUAGCAGUUGGUAGAAGGGUCCUAUUGAUGAUCGAAGAAUCAAAGACUGAUGGCGAAAUGGGAUUCGAAUAUACACAUAUCAAGGAUAUACAACUAUGUGAAUCACCAGUACUGAUUAAGCUAAUAGAUUUCGAAGUAGGAAUAAUGGUGGUGGGGUAUAAACAUCAUUGGGAAGUUUUAGAAUCUAGUAACGGACAGGCAAUAAAGAGAGUCGAUAGUUCAGACGACACAGGCCCCCGACGAGGAACUCUUGUUAAUGCAUUACGGAUCGGAGACGAGAGGGACGGGCAAAUUGUACUCUGCUACAAUCAUACAUGCCAUUUUGAAAGACUAACAAGCAAAGGGCUGGAAAGCGACGGAGAGUACGAUUUCCACUGGACAACUGUUCCAGCAGCGAUAGUAUGCGCUUUUCCAUACAUAAUGGCAUUCGCAGAAGAUCUUCUGGAAAUACGAUUGGUUGCAAACGGAUCUUUGGUGCAUGCAGCUUGCAUACCAGGCCUAAAACUGUUAUGCGGGAGUAGAGACAUCUUCUACGUGGCGUGUGCACCGGAAUACGUACCUCUGACUAGGGAGAUCGAUCCAGCUUUAUUACAACACGAAAAUUACGAAUUGGUACGACAAAUGAGUAAAUGUGGGCCCUACUCCGUUGACGAGGAUGAGAACAAUACAGAAAACAAGGGAGAAAUAACGGCACAGACUCGCACAAUGUCUGAAACGAAUUCAACGUCAAGCCGUAGCAGCUCCUUAUCUUCGGAACAAGAGAACAUACGACCUCCUCUGCAGCGUAUGACACCCAUUUCUCCACCGGUCUCACCUCAGGUGCUUCCAGAGAACAGCGGGCGAUGCGUACGCAUCUACAAGAUCCCACAAAGCAACCUGAGUGCUGGGGCCUAUCAAAGACAGUCCGUUUCUGCAGAUCAAGUCGUUACUUCUUACUUUUCGGAUAGACCAAACAGCAUACGGCAAAGAUUAGCAGAGUUAAGAUUGGACAGCAAAUCAAGAGGCGGAGGCGACGACGAGACUAUGUAAAUAUUAAACUAACGCGACAUACGUCAUAGGAUCGCCUGGAAGAAAGUAGACAGGAGAAAACGAAAAUUGAAGAUCAUUCUAGAAAAAAAUACCGCACUAACGUGUGGCUGUACAAAAAGUCAGUACCUGCACCAAAAUGAAUGUUGAUUAAUUUUAAAGGAGAUGUAGUUAGAUAUCGAAUCUGGUGCACAAUUUUGACGUAUAAAUUUACAAAUUAUAAAAAUUAAUUAUUC